UGUUGUUAUUGUUGUUGUUGUUAUUAUUAUUAUUUAAGGAAAGGCGUUGGAAUUUGAGAACCUGAGUUGAGUGUGUGUGUAUGUUUGGAAGAACAGCACAUUCUCUCCCACCCCAAAAUCCCCGAUGCUAAAACUGUUAACAGUAUGUCGGUAUGGAGUAUGUCGGUAUGGUUUCUUCGACGAUGCUCUUGCCUUGUCCCUUUGGCUCUUUGGGACUAGUCGGUUGAUCUGUUUGUUUGUGUGCCUGUUGUGUUGAAAAUAAGCAAAGCAGAAAUCAAGAGAAACCCAUUCUCCAGAUCAAAUGCAGCCCAGCUGUUAGCUGGUGGGGUGGCGAUCGAGCACUCUGAAGCGAACGAGACAAAACCGAGCGGGUCAAAAAGCGACGAGUUUUACAGCAGCAAGGGGGGGGGGAGGAGGAGGGACACUUCUCCAAAAGUGACCUAGAGCCUGCCUAAAGCUGGGUCGGUCGUGAUUGCUUUUUCCAAUCUGAGCUUUGUUGUGACGAAUUAACACUCGCUUUAACUGCUUGUGUGUUUAUCCAUUGAAUGAGAAAUCGAGUUUGGUUUUGCAGUAAGCAAUCUUGAUCUACCGCCUCAGCAUCGGCAUUGCUUUGAAUGCCAGCAAUUCUGCAUUUACGAUGCCUGAACCAAAGUCGGUAUGUGUUUCAGUAGAUGAAGUGGUCUCCAAUGGCACAGACACACAAGAAGUCCAUUUGCUCAAUGGCCAUUUAAAAAAGGUGGACAAUGCUUUGACAGAAGCCCAUCGUUUCUCCUACCUUCCCCGGAGACCUGCUGUGAACAUUGAGUUUAAAGAACUGUCCUACUCGAUCCUAGAAGGACCAUGGUGGAGGAAGAAGGGUUUCAAGACCUUGUUGAAAGGAAUUUCAGGAAAGUUCAGCAAUGGAGAGCUUGUGGCUAUUAUGGGUCCUUCUGGAGCUGGGAAGUCAACACUCAUGAACAUCCUGGCAGGAUACAGAGAGACUGGGAUGAAGGGAGAGAUUCUCAUCAAUGGACAACCCCGUGAUCUGCGUUCUUUCCGCAAAGUGUCCUGUUACAUAAUGCAAGAUGACAUGCUUCUCCCACAUCUUACUGUCCAAGAAGCCAUGAUGGUAUCUGCUCAUCUGAAACUUCAAGAAAAAGAUGAAGGCAGGAGGGAAAUGGUAAAAGAGAUCUUGACAGCUCUGGGGUUGCUGUCAUGUGCCAAUACUAGAACUGGAAGUCUGUCAGGGGGACAAAGAAAGCGUCUUGCUAUUGCUUUGGAGCUGGUGAACAACCCGCCAGUUAUGUUUUUUGAUGAACCUACCAGUGGUUUGGACAGUGCAUCCUGCUUUCAAGUUGUAUCCCUGAUGAAGGCUUUAGUGCAGGGUGGUCGAUCGAUCAUCUGCACUAUACAUCAGCCCAGUGCGAAACUCUUUGAGCUGUUUGAUCAGCUCUAUGUCUUGAGCCAAGGGCAGUGCAUUUACCGUGGGAAAGUGCUAAACCUAGUCCCCUACUUGAGAGAUUUGGGUUUAAAUUGCCCAACGUACCACAAUCCGGCAGAUUUUGUGAUGGAGGUUGCCUCUGGUGAGUAUGGAGACCAGAAUAGUCGUCUAGUAAGGGCAGUCCGCGAGGGAAUGUGUGAUGCAGAUUUCAAGAGAGACUCUGGGGGAGAAAGUGAACUUAACCCCUUCCUGUGGCACAGACCAUCUGAAGAGGAUUCCUCAUCCACGGAAGGCUGUCAUAGUUUCUCAGCCAGCUGCCUUACUCAGUUCUGUAUUCUAUUUAAAAGAACAUUUCUCACCAUAAUGAGAGAUUCGGUCCUGACACAUCUACGGAUCACAUCACACAUUGGCAUUGGACUCCUCAUAGGAUUGCUGUAUUUAGGCAUAGGAAAUGAAGCUAAAAAAGUCCUGAGCAACUCCGGCUUCCUCUUCUUUUCCAUGUUGUUUCUUAUGUUUGCUGCCCUCAUGCCAACAGUCCUUACAUUUCCUCUGGAGAUGGGGGUAUUUCUUAGAGAGCACCUAAAUUACUGGUACAGUCUGAAGGCCUACUACUUGGCUAAAACUAUGGCUGAUGUCCCUUUUCAGAUUAUGUUUCCUGUAGUGUACUGCAGCAUUGUAUACUGGAUGACAGCACAACCCUCCAAUGCGCUCCGAUUUGUCCUGUUUGCAGCGCUGGGGACAAUGACGUCACUUGUGGCUCAGUCACUGGGGCUUCUGAUUGGGGCAGCAUCCACUUCACUCCAGGUGGCAACGUUUAUAGGUCCGGUUACAGCCAUUCCCGUUCUGCUCUUCUCAGGAUUUUUUGUCAGCUUUGAUACCAUUCCAGCAUAUCUCCAGUGGAUGUCCUACAUCUCGUAUGUCAGAUAUGGAUUUGAGGGAGUAAUUCUUUCCAUCUAUGGUUUGGAUCGAGAAGAUCUCCACUGCGACAAAGAUGAUACUUGCCAUUUUAAAAAAUCAGAGGAUAUCCUCAAAGAGCUGGAUGUAGAAAAUGCUAAACUUUAUUUGGACUUUAUUGUGCUUGGAAUUUUCUUCAUCUCCUUACGCCUCAUUGCCUAUUUUGUCCUCAGAUACAAAAUUCAAGCUGAGAGGUAGAGAGAAAGAAAAUGCAAUGAACAAUAUGCAGUUGUAGACUGUUGUUAUUGUCUGAUUGUGGCAGACAAGUCUCCCAGUGCCCAGUUGCAAAUGAUAUUGUGAUUUAGCCCAUAGAAAAUCAUGCCACAUUGGAUUAGUGGAUGCAUACUUAACAGUAAUGAAACUGGUUGGGUUGGGUCAUAUUUCUGUUAUGAUUUCUAGCUUUAUCUAGGAAGACAAACUAGAAGGGAAUCUUGUUUCAAAUCUGGAAAAUGUUGCUACGGAUUGCAGGAUUCUUUUCAUAUGGAAGCUGUGUUUUCUUGUAAGUUAGCUGUAGCCACGGCAACAAGGUAAAAAGUGGCUGGGCAUCUUUCCUCUAUGUGCUGUGAAAAUGUAGGAUGUACAAUCGUCUCUUCCUUUUGCAUCCUGACUUCAUCACUUCAAGUUUUCUGAAUUUUGGCAAGUCUUUUUCCCAUCAGAAAUCCCCAGGAAAGCAGAUGUCUGCAAAUUCUUCAAAUGUUAAGAAACUUUGUCUCUAUAUAAAAUGAAUGGAUACUGAGGUUUUUCUUUAAGGACAUAAGUAAUUGAAUAUUUGGUGUUCUUCUUUACAUAACAGAGUUCUGAAGCUUUAUUCUCAUGAGCUGGUCUCAUAUUCCAAAAUUAUAAUAUUAGAAUAAAAUGUUAAAUUCUAUGAA